GUCAAUGGAUAUGUCACAUGAAUCAUGCAUCAAAGACCAGAUGAUCCCGGAUUCAAUGGAAGCCCUCUCCUCCCCAGCGGAAACCCUAGUUUUGCCCUCCCAUCGCCUUCUCCCACAGAAAACGAUCCUCCGAAGCUUCCCAGGCUCGACGUGCUCACUGCCACCGGCGACAAGACGGGCGUCUCCAAGCCCAGGUCGGAGGUGCACCGGGGACGGGGACUACCACCGCGCGGUGCACGUGUGAAUCUACUGCGAGAGCACCGGGGAGCUGCUACUGCAGCGCCGCGCCGACUGCAAGGACUCGUGGCCCGGCCAGUGGGACAUCUCCAGCGUCGGCCACGUCUCCGCAUGGGACUCCUCCCUCUCCUCCGCGCGUACACGACGGUCAAGCCCUUGGCCGACAGAGUGUUUCUCAAGACCAAGACUGCUGAGCAGAAGACGACUGGUGGGAUUUUGCUCCCUUCAACUGCGCAGUCUAAACCUCAGAGUGGUGAGGUGGUUGCUGUUGGAGAGGGAAGAACCAUUGGGGAUAGCAAAGUACAAGUUGGCAUUAAGAUAUUUUGCCUAACUUCAAGAUGAGUGUUCUCCCUUUUAUACAAGUGAAGCCAGGCUAUAGAUAUUCAAAGAAGGGAUAACAUAUUUUUGUAUAAAAAAUUAUGUAUUGAUAGCUAGGUUAUGUGCAUGAUGUAAACUCUGGAAUUUCAUAUAUCUUCUCUCUGUUUCUGAAUGAAAUAUUGUAUAUUUCUGAAUUACAAUUGUUUUUUUUUGUUUAUAAUAGUGAUUAUGUAUGUGAUUUGAAAAUAAAA